UCGUAGAGAUUCGCGCCUGAGCCCGGAACAUGGACUUCGCAUGCCUGUGGCUAACGCUUCUGCUGCCUUUGGUAGCGGCACUGGAUUUCAGAUACCACCACCAGGAAGGGAUGGAAGAGUUUUUGAAGAGUGUUGCCCAAAACUACAGUUCUAUCACUCACUUACACAGCAUUGGGAAGUCUGUGAAAGGUAGAAACCUGUGGGUCCUUGUUGUGGGUCGGUUUCCCAAGGAGCACAGAGUUGGGAUUCCAGAAUUCAAAUACGUGGCAAAUAUGCAUGGAGAUGAGACUGUUGGGCGGGAACUGCUACUCCAUCUAAUCGACUAUCUCGUAACCAGACAUGGGAAAGAUCUUGAAAUCACAAAUCUAAUCAAUAGUACCCGGAUACACAUUAUGCCUUCCAUGAACCCCGAUGGAUUUGAAGCUGUCCGGAAGCCUGAUUGUUACUACAGUAAUGGAAGGUAAACAACUGGAACAUCACACUCACGAAGCUUAACUCCGGAUGAUGAUGUUUUUCAACAUCUUGCACAUACCUAUGCUUCAAGAAAUCCAAACAUGACGAAACCAGAUCCGUGUAAAAAUAAAAUGAACUUUCACAACGGAGUUACAAAUGGAUACUCUUGGUAUCCACUCCAAGGUGGAAUGCAAGAUUACAACUACGUCUGGGCCCAGUGUUUUGAAAUUACACUGGAGCUGUCAUGCUGUAAAUACCCUCGUGAGGAAAGGCUUCCAUACUUCUGGAAUGAUAAUAAAGCCUCGUUAAUUGAAUAUAUAAAACAGGUGCACCUAGGUAUAAAGGGUCAAGUUUUUGAUCAGAAUAGAAAUCCAUUACCCAAUAUAAUUGUGGAAGUCCAAGAUAGAAAACAUAUCUGCCCAUUUAAAACCAACAAAUUCGGAGAAUAUUAUCUACUUCUCUUGCCCGGAUCCUAUGAAAUAAAUGUUACAGCCCCUGGACAUGAGCCACACCUCACAAAGGUGGUUAUUCCAGAGAAAUCCCAGCAUUUCAGUGCUCUUAAAAAGGAUUUUGUACUUCCAUUUCAAGGACAGUUGGAUUCUCUCCCAGUACCAAAUCCGUCAUGCCCAAUGAUUCCUCUGUAUAAAAUGUCACCGAGCCACUCAGCUGCAACAAAGCCCAGUUUAUUCCUAUUUUUACUGACUCUUUUGCAUAUAUUUUUCAAAUAAAUUGUGAAACUCCGCUCUCAUCACCACCUGGAAUCAGGGAUUGCUCACUCCAGGUUAAGGCAACACUAACUCCCAUUGAGAGACCUCAACUGAAUAAGAGAAUGGAUGUCUCCAGAUCCUGCGAUGAGCAAUAUGUGACAAUAAUGAAAGGAAGCGACUGUCUUUGAUGGUGAAGGGAAGAUACAUACCUGUUAAGCACUGCCUCCUUACACUUAAAUUAAUCCUGAAGUCUUAGAAAUUUGUAAGUUAAACUUGAGAAGCAAAGUAGAAGUUCCUUCAAGAAAGAAGAAAAUAAGGAACUAAACCAGGAAUGGUGAUGUAUGCCUAUAAUGCCAGCUGUGACUCAGGAAACUGAGGCAAGAGGAUCACAAGUUCAAGUCCAACCUGGGCAAC